AUGACGGACCCGGGCCCUCAAUCCAACAGUCGCACCAGCCUCACCACAAAGUCCUCCAGCACGGAGUACAACGUCUGGGUAAAGUGCGCCUGCGAGUUCUGCAAGUGGGAAUCGGCCAACUCCUCCUCGGCCUCCUCCUCCAAGGAGUCCACCCAAUCCCCCAAGAAACUCCAGAAGAAAUGCACUACCUCCACCGUUGCACCCAAGCUCGCCAACUGGGUAUCAUACUCCCUCAACGGCGCCAUCGGUGCGCUCUCCAUGCUGAAGGAAGCGACUGGCGGUUUGGGCGUGGCGCCUCCUGGUUUACGCCAGGCAGCGGGCAGUGCGCUCUGGAUCGUCGAGACUGUUGCUCUCAUGGGGGAUAAUAAAGAUCUUUUCAAGGAUCUCGUUCAGCAGUGCUUGGAUUAUACGUUGAUCGUCAUCCGGCUUGCUAUUAGAGUGAAGGAGGAGCAGGAGGAGGGUGCGGAUUUUCCGCCUGAGUUCAUGGCACGAGCGAUGGAAUUCGGGAAAGCCAUGCAGUCGACGGAGUGUUUCCUCAAGAGGAUGCUCAACCGCGGGAGGUUCGCGCGAAUCGUCUUCGCUCGAGCGGACAAACUCACCUUUGAGAGGAAGAGGGAUGGCAUCGCACAUGCAGUCACUCAAUUCAACCUCUUCAUGCAAGCCGAUAUUUACAUCCGCGUCCACAACCCUAAACGCGACUCCAAGAAAGCGUCCAAAGAGGACGUCCAACUGGACGUGAAGAAGGUGAAACAGCUAGCGAUGGCGGCGAUCCAAGAACAGUAUCGACCUCUCGCUGAGGAGAUCUAUCGCCUCCGCCAACAAGAAAAAGAGGAACGAGAACGACAACUCGCCGAGAGUCGAUACCUCACCUUGCCCAACUCGGCUCACACCUCCCCUUCGACAUCCGAGUCGCACGUCUCCCUCAAGAACAGCCGCGUCGAAGCCCCCAUAAUCUCAUUGGGCUCUGGGCCUGUCGUCGGUAAUGGGGAGAACUUCAUAAUGACUAUUCACAUAAUUCUUAUUAUGAUGGUGGCUCGUAUAAUCCCCGUCCCCGUCACCGGCCCCAUCCUCGUCGUACUCGAAACGGAAAUUAUGAUUAUCCCUAUUGAUUUAGUUUUCAGUUAA